GUGUCGUUUGCCAUCCCCGUGCACGUGCCCACCACAUCGGCUGCCUGCAGUCUAAUCUUCUUUUCCUUCUGUGUUCCUUGUUUCUUCUCGUGUGAUGUGUGCUUUGCUUUCGGUAUUCCUGCGUUUUCUAGCUUUCUUUUUCUUUUUCUCUUUCUCUUCUCUCCCUUUUCUUUUUGCGGGAGACCCCUAAACUGUUGUGCUAGUGAAAACGGUUAUUCUUUCGCCGUCCUUUGUUUUUUUCAGGGUCCAAUUCCACAACCUCCCUGAAUUCCCUUGCCCAAACAAACCUCCGUGACUACUCUAUCCCCAACCUCCCCUUCUCCAUCCAUCUAUCCGUCUAUCCGUCUAUUGAAUUGAAAAAAAGAAAGAAAUCACAGAUUCUACCUACCCGAUCCUUUUUUUUUUCUUUAUUACUCCCUAUCCCUAUCCGCACCCAUAAUAAAAAAAACCCUCCAUGACAAACCUUAGGAUAUGCAGCUAUCGCGUUUCAUCCCACUCCCCCCGUUGAACAUGAUACAAAACGGCCUUGCAUGCAUAUCCCAUCUGUUUUUAGAAGGGGGGCGACAAAAGAGAGUCAUUGUCAAGCGUCAACCACGACUCCCAAAUGUCAUGUGAUGGCCCUGCCAUGCGAGGCAACGCAACAUUUGGAUUCGAGAUUGAUUGAUGCUAUCGUGCAUGUUGCAUGA